AUGUCCAACUACACCUGCCGUGAUGGACUGAUUCUUCCGGCACUGGCGGUCUCACCUCGAAAUGCUGUACUCUAUCUAAUUGGUUUACUCUAUAGUUUCCUUGGGAUCUCUAUAGCUGCUGAUGUAUUCAUGUGCUCCAUAGAGAGGAUCACCAGCACGACGAGAAAAGUGCGCAAGAAGCAGGAUAAAGGAAUUUUGAUUGCUGGCAAUUUGUCAGAGGAAGAAGAGUACGAAGAGGUUAAGGUGUGGAAUCCAACGGUCGCAAAUCUCACUUUGAUGGCUCUCGGUAGCAGUGCUCCCGAAAUCCUUCUUUCCAUCAUUGAAAUUGUUGGAAACGGUUUUCGAUCUGGGGAACUCGGACCUGGAACUAUCGUUGGUUCGGCUGCAUUCAAUCUCUUCUGCAUUUCCGCUAUAUGUGUGUUAGCAGUUGCCUCGCCAAAUGGAAAACGCAUUCAGAUGUUCAAAGUGUUCGUCGUCACAGCAUUUUUCGGAACGUUUGCCUACAUUUGGCUUUUAGUGAUCCUCUCGUUUAUCUCACCGGACGUCGUCGAAGUCUGGGAAGCGGCGGUCACAUUAGCGUUUUUUGUUGUUCUCGUGGUUAUUUCUUAUUGUGUAGAUGUUAAGAUUUGGAAAAGCGAUAAAGCUGAUCUGGAAAACGAACUAGAGAUGGCAGAUCAAAAGAAACCGGCGGAAAAUUUGGACGUCAAUUUGAAGCGCUACGCGAGCAAACUCAGCAUACAACCAGAUGGAGCGAGAAUAACAGGAGAACUACCUAGACCAUCGUUGGACAUGAUUCGUUCCCUUUCUCGAGACGUUGGUCGUACGUAUCCGGCUUUAUCCGUCGAAGACCAAGCGAAAAUCCUAGCAUAUCGACUGAACAAGAAUACGCCACAUGAUCGUUUGUAUCAUCGUAUUCGAGCGGCUCGACUCCUCUGUUCGGGCUUAAAGAAGACAGACGUCGAGAGAGAAGUGGAGGAUAAACUGGUAAAAUACGCUGGUGUCACAACAACUGAUGGGAGAAGAAAACCCAGGGUCGAGUUCUCUGCAAGGGUUUAUGCUGUUGAACCAACCGAUAAGAAAGUAACCCUUACAAUCGUCCGACAUGGUCCCUGCCCGAAUGACAUCACCCUCAACUACUGUACUCAGAGCGGUGUAGCCAAGAAACACCUACAUUUUCUACCGAAGUCUGAAACAAUCAAAAUGGCAGCUAACGAGAGAACGAGGGAAGUGACCGUUGACCUUGUGGAUAAUGCAGAUUGGCGGUCGAACCAUGUCUUCUACGUCAAUCUGAAAAUACAGGACCAACCGGAAGACGACAAAACGAAGUUGGGCACUUGUGACGUAGCAAGAGUUCGAUAUCCAGACGACACGGCAUCGUUGAUGGGCGAACCGGCAAUAGAAUUUGUCCAUUCGAACUACGUUGCCAAGGAAAACUGUCGUUUGGCAAGAGUAUUUGUUACGAGAAGAGGAAAGAAACACCGCGGCGAUACUGUCGUACAUUACGAGACAACGGAUGUAACUGCACAAGCGGGUCACGACUACACCUCGGUGAAAGAUGGGCGUUUGAAGUUUGUGGGACAGGAGUACGAAAAGUAUAUCGAUAUUGAAAUUAUCGACGACAAGCAGGACGAAAAAGACGAGACGUUCAAUGUUGAGUUGACUUCAGUAGAAGAUGACGAAGUCACACUCGGGGGGAAGCGCCGUACGGUUGUCACUAUUGUGUCCGAUGACAACGCACUUAUGAACAUUGUGAACGUUCACAAGCUUACGGGACAUUAUAUGAGUAAACUUUCGUUAUAUAAGUCGUCGUGGAUGGAUCAGAUCCGUGAAGCUGUGUCUGUCAAUGCUGGAGACAUAGCGAGUGCCACACUUUGCGACUGUAUUUUACACGGUAUUGCUUUUCCAUGGAAAUUCAUGUUCUCCUUUGUUCCACCUCCAACAUUUUUCGGUGGAUGGCUUUGUUUCUUCGUUGGACUGGCUCUCAUUGGACUUCUUACUGCCGUCGUCGGCGAUCUGGCAUCGAUUUUUGGGUGCAUGGUUGGUUUAAAGGAUGCUGUCACUGCUAUCACGCUUGUUGCUCUCGGCACGAGCCUUCCUGACACCUUCGCAUCCAAAAUAGCCGCUGAAAAUGACGACACAGCAGACAACGCUGUGGGUAAUGUCACUGGGUCGAACUCUGUGAACGUAUUCCUUGGACUCGGUUUGCCAUGGUUAAUUGCCUCAAUCUAUUGGGCCUCUAAGGGCGAAACUUUCUCUGUUCCAGCUGCUGAUUUAGGAUUUAGUGUUACUGUAUUCAUGUGCUGUUCGGUGGUCUUCCUUGCUGUUCUUCUUUUGCGUCGCACAUCGGCCGUAUUUGGACAAGCAGAGCUCGGUGGUCCUUUUGGACCAAAAUUCGCCUCAGGAGUUUUCUUUGUUCUUUUAUGGCUCGUCUAUGUGGGAAUUUACUUUUUAUGGGAAGCGUAUCACGAAGCUGACGAUGUUGGAGUCUCCGUGGACAAAUAUAGAGGUGUGGACUACGAGUAUAAGCGAAGUCACCUUCUCAAAAUCAGUUUCCGAUGUGUGACACUGACGUUUGAAACCAGGGCGGGUGUAGCGCAGCUGGUGAGAUGUUGGACUGGAAAAACGCGGUCAAUGGUUCGAGACUGCCUCGGGACCAGCCAAGCCUUUCAUCCCUUCCGGAUAGAUAAAUCGCCGAGGUGUACGGGUUUGUUGACUCCUUAG